AUGCUGUGCGGGUAAACAGACAUGGCGGGCGAGGGCGACCCGCAGGACGCUGCGCACGACAUGGGCAACCACCUGCCGCUGCUACCUGCAGAGAGUGAGGAGGAAGAGGAUGGGGUCGAAAUGGAAGUGGAAGACCAGGACGGCAGAGAGGCCAAGAAACCCAACAUCAUAAAUUUUGACACCAGUCUGCCAACGUCACACACGUACCUGGGCGCCGACAUGGAGGAGUUCCACGGCCGGACGCUGCACGAUGACGACAGCUGCCAGGUGCUGCCGGUGCUGCCGCAGGUGGCGCUGGUGCUGAUCCCGGGGCAGACCCUGCCGCUGCAGCUCUUCCGCCCGCAGGAGGUCAGCAUGGUGCGCACGCUGAUCCAGAGGGACCGGACCUUCGCGGUCCUCGCCUACAGUAACGUGCAGGAGCGGGAAGCCCAGUUCGGAACCACGGCUGAGAUCUAUGCCUACCGCGAGGAGCAGGACUUCGGGAUCGAGGUGGUGAAGGUGAAGGCCGUGGGGCGGCAGCGGUUCCGUGUGCUGGAGCUGAGGACGCAGGCGGACGGGAUCCAGCAGGCGAAGGUACGGAUCCUGCCCGAGUGCGUGCUGCCCUCCACCAUGUCCGCCGUCCAGCUGGAGUCCCUCCGCAGGCGCCAGCUCGUCCCCGCCCCGGCCGGCUCCCGGGAGGACCGCCGCUCCUGCACGUGGUGGCAGAAGUACCAGAAGAGGAAGUUUCAUUGUGCAAAUCUGACCUCGUGGCCUCGCUGGCUGUAUUCCUUAUAUGACGCUGAGACUUUGAUGGACAGAAUCAAGAAGCAGCUCCGUGAGUGGGACGAGAAUCUGAAAGACGAGUCUCUGCCUUCUAAUCCGAUAGACUUUUCCUACAGAGUCGCGGCUUGUCUCCCCAUCGACGACGUGCUGAGGGUCCAGCUCCUCCGGAUCGGCAGCGCCGUCCAGCGCCUGCGCUGUGAGCUGGACAUCAUGAACAAGUGCACGUCUCUCUGCUGCAAACAGUGCCAGGAAACAGAGAUAACCACCAAAAAUGAGAUAUUCAGCCUGUCCCUGUGUGGGCCGAUGGCAGCCUACGUGAACCCCCACGGCUACGUGCACGAGACGCUGACUGUGUACAAGGCCUCCAACCUGAGCCUCGUCGGCCGGCCAUCCACGGAGCACAGCUGGUUUCCCGGGUUUGCCUGGACGGUGGCCCAGUGCAAGAUCUGUGCGAGCCACGUUGGAUGGAAAUUCACUGCCACCAAAAAAGACAUGUCACCUCAGAAAUUUUGGGGGCUGACGCGGUCUGCUCUGCUGCCCACGAUCCCCGACACUGAGGACGACAUGGGCCCAGACAAAGUGGUGCUGUGCUUGUGA